AUGUUCAAGCUUCUAGUUGCAGCGGCUCUCGCUGCUGUAGGCGUAUCCCAGUACACUCCGCCGCCGUCUUUUGGUAACAUGACCAAUUCGUCGACAUUCAUGAACCCGAUUGUGGGUACUGGAGCAGAUCCUUGGAUGUUCCGCCAUGAUGACUACUACUAUAUGACCUACACCAACAACGUCAAUGUCACCCUCUGGCGCAGCAGGUCCUUGACCGACUGGGCGGAAGCAGAAUCCAAGACCAUCUUCCAUCCCGAGCCCAACCAGGCCUACUCCACCGACCUCUGGGCCCCCGAGAUCCACCAAAUCGACGGAAGCUGGUGGGUAAUCUUCACUGCGGAUCCUAAUAACGACUCUCCACCGCCUGAGGUAGAGAUGUGGUGCGAGUACAACUGCCCCGCUGUGAACCACCGCAUGUUUGUUGCCGUGGGUGAAGGUGAAGACCCCUGGACCGCCGACUACAACUACCGCGGCCAACUGGAAACCUACGAUCAGUUUGCGAUUGAUGGAACGUACUUCCAACACGGCGGCCAACUCUACCACAUCUACUCAUGCUGGUACCGCAAGUACGACGGAUGGCCAGCCAAUCUUUGCAUCACCAAGCUGUCAUCUCCCACCACAACCAUCUCCCCUUUCUCGGAGCGCCAAAUCAUUUCCGUCCCGGAAUACGCGUGGGAAAAGACGCCCUUUGGCCGCGCAAGCAACGACCGCCUCUCCUCAAACGAAGGCCCCCAACAAUUAAUCAACCCCGUCACCAACCAGACGUUCCUCAUCUACAGCGCCGCCCGCUCGGAUAACCGCAACUACUGUCUCGGUCAGCUCGAGCUGGUUGGCGAUGACCCGAUGAACCCUAGCGACUGGCGCAAGCACCCUUAUCCUGUUUUCUACCAGAAUCCUAGUGAAAAGGCAUAUGGCGUUGGCCAUGCUUCUUUCACGACUUCUCCUGAUGGCACCGAGGACUGGAUUGUCUACCAUGGUAUGGAGGAUCCGACGAAUGGGUGGAGCGCGCGUACGAUCCGGGCGCAGAAGUUUGGGUGGAAGGAGGAUGGUACGCCGGAUUUUCCUAAGCCUGGUUAUGGACCAUAUCAGGUUCCUAGCGGGCAGUAG